AUGGAGAUCUCCCCGGCUCCGCUCCGCCCGGCACACGCUGCCAAGCGCAAGCGGGCGCCCAGCCAUCCCAGCCACCCCCGCCAAGGGAACACCCAGCCGAGGCCGGCCCACAGCCUGCCCGCCGGGCUCACCCUCCACCCGGCCGCCGCCGCCAGCCCCGCCCAGCUCGCCGCGAUCGACUAUGGCCUGCUCGCCGGCCACACCGACGCCGCCCCGUUCCGGCCCGAGCACCGCCGAAGCUUCCCCGCCAGCAAGCACCCCCCCGUUGUCCUCAUCCACCCCGCCGGCCAGCAGAUCAUCAUCCACUGCGUCCACCAGGCCGCCGAGGACCAGCUCACGCUCAUCCACCCCGGCUCCGUCGCCCGCAUCGAGGCCGAGCCCGCCGCCGCCCUCCUCUUCCUGGACUGCAGCCCCACCCUCCUCUCUCCUGCCUUGUCGCCGUAA